UGGGGGUAUAGCUCAGUGGUAGAGCAUUCGACUGCAGAUCGAGAGGUCCCCGGUUCAAACCCGGGUGCCCCCUCGCCUAUUUUAUUUAUUUUUUGGUGAAUUCCUUUUGGAAGUAAAUAGUAACUACAGAAGUAGGUUAUUAUGUUCUGUCCAUCAGCAAGUUGUACAUCACCGUUUUAUUAAUCUCUUGAAAUAAUAUUCAUUUUGAGACGACGGUUUUCGUUCUUCUUUUGUUAUUACACUGCCGUCAUUGAGGGUAAUGGCCACUAUGUGGAAAGUGGUACGUGUCGUUUUUAAUUGAAAGAUAAUCUGCCCCUUCCAGACUAGUGCGGUAAAACAAGAUUUACAUGAAAACAUAAAUAUUAAGUCUCUACGAUGAAUUACAACGCGUCUUCAGGAGCAAGACAUCCUGCACAGAAACCAUCAGGGCGAAAGAAGAAGCAUGUGGGUGAUCCAUCCACACUUGGCACAUACACUCCUCUUCCAUAUAAUCCUUAUGCUGUCCCACCUGUCUAUGAUGAACGUAGUGCAGGACCUCCUCCCCCAUAUGGAUACUCUCCCCAGGAUUACCCCCAACAGGCCCCACUUUAUGGUCAGCCGCAAGGAAAUUAUGGCCAAACUCCUCAAGGAUUUUCCAUUCCAAGUCAGUUAUUGAACGAACCUGUGGUUACAAACAUGGCAAUGCAAUAUGGACAAGCAUUGGUGGGAUCAGGCAAACAGAUGGUUGAUAGAGAGCUUGGAAAAUAUAUUCCAGUUUCCCGUCUAAAGUACUAUUUUGCUGUUGAUACUACUUAUGUUACGAAGAAAUUAGGACUUCUUCUUUUCCCAUUCACUCACUCUGAUUGGUCUGUGAAGUAUGAACAGGAUGAACCUGUGCAGCCUCGUUUUGAGAUUAAUGCUCCUGAUUUGUACAUACCAUUAAUGGCAUAUUUAACUUAUAUUUUGCUGGCAGGUUUAAUUCUCGGUUCACAAAGCAGAUUUAGUCCAGAAGUGCUUGGUAUACAUGCUAGCUCAGCAUUAGCAUGGCUUGUGCUGGAAGUGGUUGUUGAACUCGUAACAUUGUAUAUAAUUAAUAUUGAAAGCAGUUUGAAGACUUUGGAUUUGGUGGCUUUUGGAGGAUAUAAGUAUGUUGGAAUAAUAGUGGCUGUGCUUCUUAGUCUGGUAUUUCAAAGAACAGGAUAUUAUUUAGGAAUUCUGUACUUUGGAGCAGCCUUGGCAUUCUAUUUGAUUCGCACUCUGCGAAUUCAAGUUCUGCCUGAAGGUGCUGCUCAACAUGAUCCUUAUGGAAACAAUGUUUCAUCAGGAAGCAAGAGAAGGCUGUACUUCUUGUUGUUUGUUGCUGUAAUUCAACCAAUUCUGAUGUGGUGGUUGUCUGCUCAUUUGAUUUCUGUACCUUCUGCCUAACACAUUCCUUUUGUUAUUGACAUGCUUAAAACUGUAAUGUUUCCUGUUAUUCUUCCAUUUGAAAAUGUAUUUGGAACUGAAUAACUCAAGAUUUGACUUGUUUUAUUAUUGGAAAAGUACCUUUAUAAUACAGUAAUGUUUCAAUACUUGCCCAACAAUUGUAAAAUUGCAAUGCUUUAACUGACAUAUGUUGCUGAGCUUUGUUAGUGAACAGUGCAAUAGUUUACAAAAUUGUGUUGUGUAUAUUGUGUUGUGUACAUUGGUUAUUCUGGACUGUUAAAAUGAGUCAUCUUUAAGUUACCAGUAUUUGUAUACUGAAAAAUAUUGAUAUAUUUUUGUAGAUAUGUUUUAAUGGACUACCAAGGGAGAGUUUUCUGUCAUCAUCAAUGUUAAUUUCUCUCUUGUUCACCUUGUACAGUUGUGUGCGGCUUGUUUUAUGUAGUUUUCAGCAGUUGAGUUUUCCUACAUUCUUUUCAAAUUUAAACAUUCUCUUUUUAUAUCACUAUGCAGUCUACUAAAAUAAAACAUUGAGCUACUGUUGAUUAUAUAUUGAACUUGAUAAUACUAAGGUAUUAAAUAUUACUAGUGAGCAAGAGAUUGUGAACAAAGGAUAAUUUUUGUACCAUAUUUAUAAUGUAUGAAGAAUACAUACUGUAUUUAAUAGAUUUUGUGCGAUUUAUUUUGUCGAUAUACUUGGAGAUGAGUG